AAGAAAGACUAGAAUUUAUUAGAAUCACCAACUCAUUCAUUCAAAUGACAUUCUCACUACUCUCUUCUCUUUGAACCAAAACCUCUCUCAUUUUUUCUCUGUUUUUCACAGCUUUUAAUUUUAAUUUCAUAUAUGAUUAUGAAGCCCACAAAGUCCGAUGGCCGGCGAUUCAUCAUAACAUCUUUCUUCUUCAUUCUCUUUCUCUGUACCUUAGCUUCAAUCAACGAGGUUCGAUUUGAUACUCUGUUAAGGUUUGGUAGAUGUGCUCUAUCGAAAAUCCCAUCCCAAACAGAGAAAUUUCUCACUCCAAAUGAUUCAUCAUCUGACGAUAUCCGAAUACUUCUUGGGAUUCUAACACUUCCCGACCAAUACCAUCGCCGCCACUUCCUUCGUAUGAUCUACGGUACACAAUCUCCGGUAGGUGCAAAAAUCGACGUGAAGUUCGUGUUUUGCAACUUAACAAAGGAAGAUCAAAAAGUGUUAGUUGCGCUAGAGAUAAUGAGAUACGAUGAUAUUAUCAUACUCGAUUGCAAAGAGAACAUGAACAAAGGUAAGACUUAUACUUACUUUUCAAGCUUGCCGGAGAUGUUUAAUGGCACGGAAAAUUCAACCACGCCAUACCCGCCUUACCAUUAUGUGUUGAAAGCAGACGAUGACACGUAUUUCAGGUUAGAAAACCUAGUGGAGUCAUUGAGGCCAUUGCCUAGAGAAGACUUGUACUAUGGUUAUGUUAUUCCAUGCCCUAGCAUGGACCCUUUUGUUCAUUACAUGUCUGGAAUGGGUUUUUUGAUUUCUUGGGAUAUAGUUGAGUGGAUUAGGGUUUCAGAUAUUCCUAAAAAGCAUUUGGAAGGGCCUGAAGACCGGGUUUUUGGCGAGUGGCUUCGUGAUGGUCAUCGAGCCAAGAACCGGUUUAAUGCUAAGUGGUCGAUGUACAACUAUCCAGAGCCGCCCACGAGGUGUACACACGAACUUUGGCCGGAGACAAUUGCAGUACACCUUUUGAAGAAUCAAGUAAAGUGGAUUCAUACAUUGCAGUAUUUUAAUGUCACUCAGAAUUUGAAACCAUCUAAGCUGUAUCAUAUAACUUAAUUAGGUGCUGCCACAUUAACAUGUUCAUUCUUUUUUUUUUUUCCCCCUCAAUGGAGUAUUCAAAUCAUACAAGCUUAUUUUGGCGAUUAUUCAUAAUUCUCUGUUCAUUUUUAUUUUUUUAGUAUGUGAUUUUGACUUGCAAAAGUGCAAAUAUUAGAGCAGCUUCUGGCCUUCCACAGAAAUGAAAUAAUUUAUAUUGCAUUUGAAAAUAGAAUUCAAUUAGUUUAUUUUAAAUGGCGAUUGUGAUUUUGAUAUGUAAAACUGAAAAUAUUAGGGCAGCCUUGUGAGUUUCUAAGAAAAUGAAAUAAUUUCAUUGGAUUUGUAAUUUGACAUAUGUGGUUUUUUAAUUGUGACUUUUUAAUUUGAUGAGCUGAUAAUCAAAUCGUUCAUUUUGUAUAAC